CGCCAUUGCUCUCCUCUCUCUCUCUCUCUCUCUCCUCACGCACACAUACAAACACACACACGCAGCCCCGCCGCCCGAGCGCCGCUCCUCCAUCAAGCAAGAAGACGAUGCCGAGAAGCAGGAGCCGACCCUCGCGGAUGGCGGCCCCGGUCAGACGGGCCCCUUCGCCAACACCAGCACCUCGUUCAUUUGUACCUGCUCAUGCCCCUCCAGCUGGAGUUGCUCCUAUAUCAGCAGCUCCAAAGCAGCCUGGCAUGUUUGCGCAAAUGGCAACAACUGCUGCUGGUGUAGCGGUGGGUUCAGCUGUGGGGCACACUUUGGGUCACGCUCUCACUGGAGGAUUUGGCGGAGGGAGCAACUCUGAGCCUGCAAGGCAGGACAUCACAUAUCAGGAACCUGCUUCAGCUGCACAGCCCAUGUACCAGCAGCAACAGCAGCAGCAGGGUACCUGCGAGUACGAGAUCCGACAAUUCAUGGAAUGUGCACAGAACCAGAAUGAUCUGAAGCUGUGCGAGGGUUUCAGUGAGGUGCUGAAACAAUGUAGAUUUGCAAACGGACUGUCCUAAGCAAAUACUUUGAAGAUUCCAGUUUCACUUGAAAAUAAAUAACAGAACCAUCGAAGACUAGGAUGUGGAAAAUGUUUUCAAGUUAAUUUAUCAUGUAAAUUAAACAUUAAUUUACUGUAUAAUCUACUAUUCUAAAUGUGUCUAAUUAAUGAGAUGCAUUGUUUAGUUUAUCACAUUGUAGGAAUAAAACAGAUUUCAACC